AUGCAGCAAUAUCGACGAGCGGGUAGGCCAAAGUCGAAAAAAGGGUGUAUUACCUGCAAAAUCCGCCACGUGAAAUGCGGAGAAGAAAAGCCCGAAUGCAAGCAAUGCACCAGCACCGGCCGCAAAUGCGACGGAUACUCCAACGCAUCGCAAAAGGAACUACGUGCCAACAUCAGCAAAUCAUCCUACGCGCCAGUCGUACCUACUUCCAGGGUAUCCGUCAUUAGCUCGGACAGCCGUCUCGUCUUGAUCCCCGGUACUCGUCAAGAGCGCCAGUAUGUCCACUUCUUCUGCGCAGAAGCCACCAGUGCACUGUCGGGAUUUUUCCCUUCGGAUUUCUGGAACCGAUUCCUGCCUCAGAUGAGCCAUCAUAGUUCUACUAUGCGCCAUGCGGCUGCUGCGGUCGGUGCUGCUUAUGAGCAAUAUACGCUUCGCGCUCCCGGGGAGGAAAAUGUUACUGAAGGAUUUGCUUUGCGGCAAUAUAAUCAGGCUAUCCAGCACUUCCAAGAGCAAAUUCAGAGUCCACGGGGCUCAGAUUUCGACAUCAUGCUCAUGACUUGUGCAUUAUUUUCGUUUUUGGAAAUGCUACGCUCGAAUCAAAAUGGGGCGAUGGAUCAUGUCGAGGGUGGACUCAAGAUCCUCUAUUCGAAACUCCGGAACGCAAACGCCUCUUCUUCUCAAAACCCAAAGACAGUGACCGCUGGAGCUGAUUUUGAACGAGAACUCUCUCAGUUUUUCUAUAGGAUGAAUCUGCAGAUCAGUCUAUCGGGCCGUCUACAGCAGAUCCUCGAGAUUCCCCCAGAGGACCCAACUGCCCGAAACUUCUUCAGUAACGACAACUACAACGAUGGGGUCAACAGCAACGACGAUAAUAAUAAUGAUAUUACGACACAACUAGUCUUCGAAAACAUCUCCCAAGCCCGCGACUGCAUAACAAGCAUCAAACUACGCGCUCUGACUCUCCUCCACGAAAUCGGAUUCAUAUUUACAGUACCACCAGUCCUAGCAUCACCGGAACACAGCACACGAAAAUACCGCCUAAUAAAAGACUUCCACAGAUGGCACUAUGCCUUCGAAAAGAUGAUGACCAAACCGCCUAAGACAACAAAUAUCCUCGACCCCCGCGCUCCUCUCACCCUCCUAAUCGAAUACCACGUCUCAUACUUCUGGCUCUGCAAUUGCGACGCGCUCUAUGAAACGGAUUACGAUCGACAUAUGCCCGAUUAUUUGAAAAUAGUCGAGUGUGCGGAGCAAAUCAUUGCGCUGAGUGCAACUAUCGACAAUACACCCGUCGGUAGCCCUAGCCCUUCAUUCUUCUCAAGCUCCAGCUCAGCCUCUACACCUCCUUCUAUUACUAGUAGUCUCCCAUUUCGCAGAAGAUUCACAAUGGAAGCACCCGUAACCCCAUCCCUCUACUGGACCGCUUACAAAUGCCGCGACCCACUACUGCGACGACGAGCUAUACAAGCUAUACUGGCCUUCCCGAGUUGUCAGGGUGGAUGGGAGAAUCGGCGACAUGCGGCGAGUGCGAGGAGGAUUAUGGAGAUUGAGGAGGGCCCUGUUUGGCAUUUACCGAUCGCGGAAAGAUUUGUUAAGAAUGAAUGGAGGGUUGUUGAGCCUUUGCAGUGCUCGGCUAAUGUUAAGGAUGGGGAGGGGGUUGAUUUACUUUUGCUUAUGAAGCCUUUCGGGCCUGAGGGGGAUGUUGUUGAGAGGAUGGAGUUUGUUGAGUGGCCGGGUCAUAGUGAUGGAGUGAUGGAGUGA